GAAGAUUUGGCAGUGAAUUAUAGAAUUCACUGAAAAAGAGUGAAUUCGAUAAAUCGGUAUCAAUUAAGGUGUAAGGCAGGGACGUCUAACGUCCAGUUUCUCGAGAAAUGUGCUGCACGUAGUAAUAUAUACCUAUAAGCGUAGAGCUGCUGGGAAACGUGAGGAUAAUCAUUUGGCCGUCGGCCUGGAGCGUGCAGGUGACGUUCUUAUGUUCGUCAGUAACACUGGCUGAGUUUAGUGACGUAUGAAGAAUAAGGCACCGGCAUUGAACUAGUACCGAUAAGGUACUACACUCUUGCGAAGAAGUAACCAAUAAAUAGUGAAUCAGCGAAGCGAGGAGCGUUCUGCGAAUUGGCGCGCUCUCACCAUUUUCGUCGAUUCUGUCGAAAAAUUAUAUUCAAAAUGGCGCCUACUCGAAGGUUGCAGAAGGAACUUGGAGACCUUAGGGCCUCUGGAAUGAAGAAUUUUACAAAUAUCCAAGUGGACGAAGCUAAUAUUCUUACUUGGCAAGGUCUCAUAUUACCUGACAAUCCUCCUUACAACAAAGGAGCAUUUCGUAUCGAAAUAAACUUCCCUGCAGAGUAUCCAUUUAAGCCUCCAAGAAUAAACUUCAAGACUAAGAUAUAUCAUCCUAAUAUCGAUGAAAAGGGUCAAGUAUGUUUACCAAUCAUCAGUGCAGAGAAUUGGAAACCUGCAACCAAGACAGAUCAAGUGAUCCAAGCGUUGAUCGCUUUAGUUAAUGAUCCCGAACCUGAACACCCUCUGAGGGCUGAUUUGGCAGAAGAGUUCUUGAAAGACAGGAAGAAGUUUCUUAAGAAUGCUGAGGAGUUUACAAAAAAGCACGCGGAGAAGAGGCGAGAAUCAUCGUCUUCAGCUGAAUAGCUUCGUUUAGCCUUUACUCACCGAGAUGCCUGUCGCCUCGUCUACCGACUCCAACCGCAAUUCUACCCGGUGAAUAAAACUGGGCGUGUACAGUAUCGAUCGUAUUGACGAUCGAGGACAAGCAAAUUACGAGAUAUACCCGCAAGAUAAAACGAACUUUUUAAGAACGAUAUAAAUUAAAGUAAUAAAUAAUUCUAUAUAACGCUA